UGGAAUGGUGCUCCUAUUGAGUCCAUUUUUCAUAAAUUGGCAUUUUUAAGGCUCUAGAGGGAAAAAUAAUGACUAUCUUUAUCAAAUUAGUGACAAACUUGCCUAAGGUUGUUUGUUAGGAGUUCUGUCAAUAGAAGUUCACGAUGUAUUAAAUUUCACAAUUUGUAGCUAAGGUAAAAUGGAUAGAUGGUUUUCAAGUACUUGCAUUUUUAUUCUUUUUGUGCCUAGCAUAAAAAGUUUAUGUGCUAUAACCUGUGCUUUUUAUGAUUGAUGAAUGUUUUGGCCUUUGUUUAGAGAUGCCAUUUUGUUAUAUUAGGUGUCCUCUAUUGCUUACCUCUCCAUUCUUGAAAAAUGCAUAGCCAAGAUGGUCGCUAAUUGACGACCCUGUGCUGUUUGUAAUUUUGAUGUCUACUUGGCUUUCAUGUGCGUGAAUUUGUGCCUAUGAGAGAUGAGAAAGAGUAAGAUGAACUGGGAGAAUGCUUUGUUCACUUUACAGUUAAUAUGGUCAAGCCGAGAGAGAAUCCUUGUCUCAUUGUAGUGAAGCUUAAAAGAUGGGAGAGGAAGAAAUGUAAGCCAAACAGCCUUCCGAUUUUACAUAAAAUGCAUGUUAAGGUGGGAGAUACAAUUAAAGUAAUAUCUGGCCGUGACAAGGGCAAAACUGGGGAGGUAACUGAGAUCUUUAAGCAUAACAGCACCGUUGUAGUGAAAGAUAUAAACCUGAAGACUAAGCAUAUGAAGAGCAGAGAAGAGGGUCAACCUGGACAGAUAAUUAAGAUUGAAGCACCUAUUCAUAGCUCAAACGUGAUGCUCUAUUCUAAAGAACAAGAUGUCACUAGCCGGGUGGGUCAUAAAGUGUUAGAUAAUGGAAAAAAGGUUCGCUACCUCUUAAAGACUGGAGAAAUCAUAGACAGUGAUGAAAACUGGAAGAAACUGAAGGAAGCUGGAAAGGAGAAAACUGAAGUUGCUGCUGCUGCUCCCGCCUCUUAGAACCUAACUCAUAACUUCAAAAUUAAUGUGGCUUCUGGAAAAUAUAGAUGUUUCUCUGUCCUCUUCCUUCUUCAUUCUCCAAUUACUUUAAACACCUUGAAAGGUUGUCAUUGUAAGUCGAUUCUUUUUGGUAGUAGUAAAUAUUACUGUUGCUCUAUGAUUGUUGUAUGGCAAACCAAUGUGUAGUCUAAAUAUGCAAGUUAUUCAAUUGUUCUUACUCCAAGUUA